CACAUAAUUAGAAAACCAUCCAUAUUCGCUGUAUUUAUUAUGCUUAUAGUUCUAUGUAAACAGAUGACAAAAAACAGUGAAAGAAGAAAAAUAUAUUGGAAGUGUUUUGUGAGAAAACAAGAAAGCUAAACACUCAAAACAUGGGAGACAUGUAUUCAGCUUACAUACCAUCCACAGAACACCGUCCCAACUUCUCUACCUUUGUCGAAGUUGAUGAAAUUCCAAUCAUCGACCUCUCAGAAACUAGCCAAGAAAAACUCAUCUCAAAGAUUGGCAAGGCAUGUGAAAAAUGGGGAUUCUUCCAAGUAAUCAAUCAUGGAGUUCCCUCCGAUCUUAUGAUAAAGGUUGAAAAUGAGGCCAAAAAGUUUUUUGAGCUAAGUAUGGAGGAAAAAAAGAAACUGAAAAGAGAUGCAUUUAAUGCAACGGGGUAUCAUGAUGCUGAGCAUACUAAGAAAACAAGGGAUUGGAAAGAAGUUUAUGAUUUUCUUGUUAAAGAUGGAAUACAAACCCCUUCUUCUGAAGACCCACAUGACUUGGGGCUAUGUACUCAAAAAAAUCGUUGGCCACAAUCCCUUCCACAUUUUAGGGAAACAAUGGAGGAAUAUAGUGGGAAAUUACAAAAGCUAUCAUACAAGUUGUUGGAGUUAAUUUCAUUGAGCUUAGGCUUAGCUGGUGACAAAUUCCUUGACUGCUUCAAGAACCAACUAAGCCAAACGAGGAUCAAUUACUAUCCUCCAUGUCCUUUCCCUGAUUUGGCACUUGGUGUUGGUCCUCACAGGGAUCCUUGUAUCUUGACUGUGGUUGCACAAGAUGAUACUGGAGGUUUACAGGUUAAGAAAAAUUCAGUUGGUGGUUGGGUUCCAGUUAAACCUAUUCCUGGUGCAUUUGUUGUCAAUCUGGGCGAUAUUCUUCAGGUUUGGAGCAAUGACAAGUAUGAGAGUGCAGAACACAGGGUGGUAUUAAACUCACAAAAAGAAAGAUUUUCAUAUCCAUUCUUCCUUUUUCCAGGUCCACAUAUUAUGGUGAAGCCUGCAGAAGAGCUAGUGAGUGAAAAAGAUCCUGCAAAAUACAAAGCAUACAAUUUUGGAAAAUAUUAUGCUAAUAGAACCCAUGCAGAUUACGGCAAUCAAGACAUUGAGGGUAAAGACAUUCAUCGCUUCAAGAUUCUGGAUUAGCUAUUAAAAAAUAUUCAGCACCAGUUUUGGAUUUUCUGUUGUUUUUCAUGUCCUUAUUCUCAUCAAAGACAUAAUAAAUUGAGCUCCCUUUUAUGAAAUCGUCGGAACAUAUGUGUUGCAAAAUAAAUAAUUUCUUGUAGUGAAA